GCAAUUAAUUCUUCAUUGCCAUGGCUCAUUUAGCAAACCUAAAUGGAGUCUCAGAAACACUUCCAGCCAUUCCUAAGCUCCCCAGCAUUCAAAAAACCCGAAAACGACCCAAUACAAUCGGAUUUAUGAGGAAGAAAACCCAAGAUUUCCAGGAACAAAAUUUGCAAACCACAAGAAGAAUGGUACUAGGCUUUGCCACCAUUUCUCUCAUCAAUACUUCUACCAAAAGUGUUGCCUUUGCUGAGGAUAAUGGCUACUGGUACACCGAUCUUUUGCCUGUUGAUUCUGUGGAGAACAAUCUUGCAAAUGAGAAGACAGGAACACGUUCUUUUAUCAACAAUCACAUCUACAUAGCAAAUCUCAACACCAAAAACCGUAUGUAUAGGCUGAGGAAGUAUGCAUUUGAUCUACUUGCAAUGGCAGAUUUGAUUGGACCGGACACCCUGAACUAUGUCAGGAAGUACCUUAAGCUCAAAUCCACCUUCAUGUACUAUGAUUUCGACAAAAUCAUCUCUGCUGCACCUGUAGAUCAGAAGCAGCCUCUCACUACUUUAGCUAACAAGUUAUUUGACAGUUUUGAAAAGCUUGAAGAUGCAGCAAAGACAAAAGAUUUUCCCCUAACAGAAUCAUGUUACCAGGACACGAAAGUUAUUCUUGAGGAGGUCAUGGCUCGCAUGGCCUGAAUCUCGAUCAAUCAGGUCAUUUCUGAGAUUUGAGAUGCACCUAGUUUCUUCCUAGUUUUAUCAUCAUGUAUCGAAGUGAAUGAAACAGUAAAACAUAU